AUGGAAACACCUCAUCCAACGGCAGACUGGGAGCAGGUCGGUGACCGGUUCUACCGCAAGAUCCAGCUCUACACAGCUGUCUUCGACAAGUCGCUGGACUUGGAUAAUUACAUUGUCGCAGGGGCAUCUUAUGGUGGCGCGAUAGCACUUCACCGAGAUGCCGAGAAGAUAAUAGCUUACCGGGCAAGGACACCGGCCAAGCCUGGCAUAGACAUCUACAGCACUGCCGGCAAGCUUAUCCGGAGUAUUUCCUGGGACAAGGUCAUCAUCAAAGGGAUCGGCUGGUCUGAGGAUGAGAAGCUGCUUGCAGUUACAUCGGAUGGUACCGUACGCUGCUACAAUGAUCUGCAAGGCGACUUUACCCAAUUCUCCCUGGGUCAUGGAGCUGAGGAGUCUGGCGUUCAGUCAUGCAGGUUCUACGACACCGGUUUGGUAGCCUUGCUAUCUGACAAUACUUUGAUUGAGGUAUCAUCAUACUCGGAACCUCGGCCAAAGGUCCUUGCCAAAUGUCCUGAGGGCGAGGUGCACUCGUGGGCCUUGAUACCACCCCAGUACACGCUUUCUCGAUCUGUCGAAGUCCUCUUAAGCAUAGGACAAACCGUCUACGUUGUGGACUCUGAAGAAUGUGAGGACAGAUUCCUCGACAUCGGCCCCUUUUCGGCAAUCAGUGUAUCUCCGAAUGGGAAGUUCGCUGCACUAUACGCUGAGACUGGGCAUGCCCAUGUGAUCACGAGCGAUUUCCAGACCAGACUGAGCGAGCACGACUCGAGGUCAAAGAUACCGCCUGGCUACUUGCAAUGGUGCGGCAAUGACGCGGUGGUCAUUGCAUGGGAAGACGAGGUCCAUGUUGUUGGCCCUGGAGGCUCUGCUGCCAAAUUCUUCUACGACAGCCGGAUCCAUCUGGUGCAAGAUCUGGACGGCGUCCGUGUCAUCACGAACUCCACCUGCGAUUUCCUCCAGAAGGUGCCCGAGGUGACCGACGAAGUCUUCCGUUUUGGAACUGAAUCUCCGGCAUCGAUACUGCUGGAUGCUGUGGAACAGCUGGAGAUCCAGUCACCUAAAGCAGAUGACAAUAUUCAACUGAUUCGGUCUAACCUGACCGAAGCUGUCGACACCUGUGUCAAUGCUGCUGGCCAAGAGUUCAACGUGCAUUGGCAGAAACAACUCCUCAAGGCUGCUUCUUUCGGCAAAUCAGUCCUCGACAUCUAUAACAGUGACGACUUUGUUGACAUGUGCGAGACUCUACGAGUAUUGAAUGCUGUACGGUUUUAUGAAAUCGGCCUACCUCUAUCGUACGACCAAUACCAGCGUUUGGGUCCCGAUGGUCUCAUAUCACGAUUAUUGAACCGCCACGAAUAUCUGCUAGCAUUGCGCAUCGCAGGCUAUCUUCAUCUGCCUACUGACAAGAUUUACGUUCACUGGGCUUCUGCCAAAGUUCGCCAGGGCGCCGAGGAUGAUGACACAGUCUGCCGCCUAGUCGUCGAGAAGCUCUCGGGGAAACCAGGCAUCUCGUUUGAAACCAUUGCUCGGGCAGCCUACGACGAGGGGCGAGGCAGAUUGGCGACCGAGCUGCUGAAUCACGAACCGCGAGCCGGACGGCAGGUCCCGCUCUUGCUUAGCAUGGAGGAAGACGAACUAGCGCUGGACAAGGCCAUCGAGUCUGGCGACACUGAUCUCGUAUACUCUGUUCUUCACCAUCUGCAGCGCAAGCUGCCCCUGGCCGGUUUCUUCCGCGUCGUCAACAGCCGUCCCGUUGCCACCGCGCUCGUCGAGUCCUCCGCUAUCCGCGAAGGCGACAACACCCUACUCAAGGACCUUUACUACCAAGAUGACCGCCGACUCGAGGGCGCUUCCGUUUUCAUCCGCGAGGCGCUGCGGCAGCCUGACAGUCGCACCGCGGGCGAUAAACUAGCGUUGGCAGCCAAGCUACUGGCGGACAACUCAAAGGAGAGCGCGUUUGAGCUGGGGUCGCUGAAGGAGGCGGCCACCCUCUUGAGGAUGCAGGAAGCUUUCGACAGGGAUCUGACUGACAGCUUCACGGGGCUGAGCGUCAACGAGACCAUGUUCAAGCUCAUCAGGCUCGGCUACCACGGACGCGCUAAGAAGAUACAGAGCGAAUUCAAGGUGCCGGAAAGAGUGUCGUGGUGGAUCAGACUGCGAGCUCUUGUGGCCAAACGAGACUGGAACGAGAUUGAAGAGAUCGGCAAGGCAAGGAAGAGUCCCAUUGGCUGGGAGCCCUUCUAUAACCAGGUCCUGCAGGCUGGCAAUCCUCGCCUCGCCUCAACAUUCAUCCCCAAGUGCACGGGCCUCGAGGCAGGCAAGUCAAUCACCAUGUACGAGAAGUGCGGCAUGCGCGUCAAGGCCGCCGAGGAGGCUGUCAAGAUCAAGGAUGCCGAUGCGUGGGCACGUCUGCUCGAUGCGGCUGGCCGGACCACGACCGAGGGCCGAGAGAUUGAAAGAUUGGGUCAUGGGAUCUUUAAGAAGUAG